AUGAAUUCCCUGAAUAUCCCUCCCGAGGGACUCGUUCUUCAGAAUAAGCCGAGGCCGGAUUCAGAAGAUGAACAUUCAAAAGAAGCACAACAAGUCUAUCGGUUAGACUUGGUGGAGAGUGUGACCAAAGAAAUACUGCGGUCCUUGAGGAGUAACGAGCAGGUUCGACUUCGAUGUGGCAAGAGGCCAGCCGUGCAAUUUGGGAAAAGGUCAAUACCCUUGACAAGCAGUGUCGACCCCUUCCCUUCAGAGCUCUUUACCAAAUCCUCCGACAAAACUCGCCCUCUCUAUUUCUCUGGACGGCUGAGCCACAGACUUGAGGUACAGAAGGCCGAGGAAGACACCGGAGGAAGCGAUGAGGCGUUAGCGGCCCUCGAAAAUACACUCAGAUCCAUCCAGGAGCAGAGGGCAUCAAAUGAGACCAGUAUCGUGGAUGGGAAAGAGACUAUGCGACAUGCACGACGAAAAGAAAAUAAGCCAUCUUCCCUGCUGGGACAGAACUCUGCUCUCAGAAAGGACCACUUCCUGGGAGGGUUAGCAAGAUCGACACCAUCCACUCCGUUUUUAAGUGCAUCUUACUCUCCCAGACAAGGACCGACAUCAGCUCCCUCGUCCUCCGGACUGUCCCCGAAGGACAGAAUACGGCUUGACGCUAUACGGAUUCCACUCGUGCAUCUUCUUGCUGUCAAACCAAUGACUCCGAAGACGAUUUGUGCCCAGCUCCAUUGCACAAUGGAUGAUUGUGAAAAGCUGCUCGACAAGGUUGCCCGUGAGUGUCCACGGGGCGAUGGACUGAAGGAAUUGAAGGAGAAGACCUAUCGUGAACUGGAUGUGUUUAAAUUUCCAUAUCGCUCAACCGAGGACCGACAGUCAGCGAUCGAUCAUGCCAUUCAAGCCUAUGAUCGAAUGCGAGUGGAAAAGAGAGAUAAUCUGUGGCAGCUGUUGUUGCCCCCAGAUGAACGAGGAAAAGGGAAGGUUCUCUCGAAGCUCAAUUUUGACAAGCGUGUUCCAUCCAAGCCCGAGCGUCAAGGCGAUGAUAGCAAUGAAACCAAAGCUGAAGUGUCUGAGCGAGACCAAGUCGGGUCCAAGACCAAGAAGGAUACAUUGGGGACGCAGAAGAAGCUCAAGGACAAGGCUGGGGCAUCGAGAACACCCGCGAAGACAGAAUCCAAUGGAACUCCCCGAGCAGAGAAGGAAUCGACGCAGUCGCAGAGCAAGACCACGAAGCAAGAGGGCAAGUUCAAGUCUUCAGAACGCAUAGAAGAUUCAGACGAAGAGGCCGAUGCUGUUGAUGUCGACGUUGCCAAGCCGAAGUCACCACCCUCGAAGACAGGUUCGAGUAUGAACAGAAAAUCCGAACCCGGACAGCCCGGAUCAACACAGUUAUCACAGACUGUAUCACCUCCAAAAAAGGCAUCUCACAAAACAUCCUUCUCCGGUUCUUCCUCCAGCACCAGCAGCGGGAACGAAAAGUCUCAGCCUGCUGCAUUGAACUCUACCAAGUCAUUGAAGCCUCACCAGAAGCCGGACAGCUCGGCAUCACGCAUUUCACCCAGGCCGCGCCACGAUAGUUCACCACAAAAGCCCUCUCCUCUGGGAUCUUCCCCUCCGACCACGUCUACCGAUCUCGACAAUUCUAAUUCUAGCAAGGCUUCAAAUCAAUCUUCAGCUCCUUCGUCUCCGCCUUCAGGUACAGAUAUGCCACGAACACAGCGCGGGGCCGGAGACAAAUACUCUCCGGUCAUUUCUGACAAAGGUCGCAAUGUGCCAGUUGGAAAGAGUUCAGACAAGUGUCCGAUCAAACGCAAAGCAGCUCCAGCAGAAGAUGAGCGCCCUGCGAAGAGGCAGCAACCAACCUCGGCUUUUCUUAGCCCGGUUCCUGAUGGCAAGCCUGAACAUCUGAAACAACCACCCCCGAUCAGAGCAGACUCGGAACGCUCAUCCUCACCGGACAAGCCGGGACCGAACAGGCAAGACAUAAUAGAGGAGGCGAGGCGGUUUCAAAAGUAUUACAAGCGAUACAAGGAUCUGUAUGAUAAGAUCUCACAAGUGGACGAGAAGGAGCGAGACGACAAGGACAUGGGCGAUUUGUGGAGGAUGCACAAACGGCUGAAGGAGAUGAAAGCCGAAAUCUGGCAUAACUGGGACAAAGUUGAGAAGGUGGGCAAGGCAAGAGAACUGCUAGCCGUCUAA